CAAUUACACAUAUUUUUAGUUAAACCAUAUCAAAACCAUGCGUGCUUUAGACGAUAUCGUUCAUUCAGCUUAUUCCGAGUAAAAGUAGACAGUUCUCUCUUUUCCCAAAGUUACGUUCACUUUAACUGGCUGGUUAGCUGAAAAGUUAGCCUAAAAUCUGGGAACAGACGAGCACUCUUUGGGACGCCUCUGGCUUUCUUGGAGUGGAGAAAACUUUCAAAGUUUACCUCGUGGAUUCGGCCUUCAAGUCUUUACUCUUCUGAGUCCAUCACAGGCUGAAACCAUGUCGAUCCUGGGACUAAAGAAGAAACAGCCUAAGACUUUUAAAGUCAAGGUCAUCACCAUGGACGCCGAAAUGGAAUUUAGCUGUGAGGUGAAAUGGAAGGGCAAGGACCUGUUUGAUCUAGUCUGUCGGACAAUCGGUUUGAGGGAGACCUGGUUCUUUGGUCUUCGAUACACAGUGAAGGACACGUAUGCUUGGCUUAAACCAGACAAAAGGGUGUUGGAUCAGGAGGUUCCAAAGGACUCUCCAAUAACAUUUCAUUUCCUCGCCAAAUUUUUCCCAGAGAAAGUAGAGGAGGAGCUGGUUCAGGAAAUCACACAGCACCUUUUCUUUUUACAGGUAAAGAAACAGAUUCUAGAUGAGGAAAUAUUCUGUUCUCCGGAAGCCUCUGUGCUUUUGGCAUCGUACGCAGUACAAGCCAAGUAUGGAGACUAUGACCCAAACUUUCACAAACCAGGCUUUUUAGCACAAGAUGAGCUUCUGCCCAAAAGAGUCCUGAUGCAGUACCAGAUGACAGCAGACAUGUGGGAGGAAAAGAUCACGGCAUGGUACGCUGAACACAGAGGCAUCGCAAGGGAUGAAGCAGAGAUGGAGUAUCUGAAAAUAGCCCAGGACCUUGAGAUGUAUGGAGUCAGCUACUUUUCCAUCACACAAAACAAGAGGGACACAGAGCUGCUGCUGGGUGUUGAUGCACAGGGCCUUCACAUCUACAGUCCCAACAGUAAACUAAACCCCAACAAGUCCUUUCCCUGGAGUGGCAUCCGCAACAUCUCCUACAGCGAGAAAGAGUUUACAAUUAAGCCUUUGGAUAAGAAGACGGAAGUUUUCAAAUUCUACUCUUCACAGCUCAGAGUCAAUAAACUGAUUCUCCAGCUGUGCAUUGGAAACCAUGAUCUGUUUAUGAGGAGGAGGAAGGUAGACUCCAUUGAGGUACAGCAGAUGAAGGCUCAAGCCAAAGAGGAAAAAGCCAGAAAGAAGGUGGAGCGUCAGAUUCUGGCACGGGAGAAACAGUUGAGGGAAGAUGCAGAGCGGGCUAAAGAGGAAAUGGAGCGACGUCUUUUCCAACUGCAGGACGAAGCUCGCAUGGCUAAUGAAGCACUGCUGCGUUCGGAGGAGACUGCGGAUUUGCUGGCGGAGAAGGCCCAGAUCGCGGAGGAGGAGGCCAAGCUGUUGGCUCACAAAGCAGCCGAGGCGGAGCAGGAGAGGCAGCGCCUGGAGGCCACGGCCAUGAAGACCAAAGAGGAGAAGAGACUGAUGGAGCAGAAGAUGAGAGAGGCAGAGCAACUGGCUGUGAAAUUGGUUGAGCAGUCAGAGAGAAGAUCAAAGGAAGCAGAUCACCUGAAACAGGACCUGAAUGAGGCUAAGGAUGCAGAGAGAAGAGCCAAGCAGAAACUGCUGGAGAUCACCAAAACAACAUACCCUCUCAUUGCAGCUUACUCCAGUCCCCCUCUGCCACCUGACAGUGGAGAGUUGCCCCCGGAGACUGGGGGCUCCUUCCGCCUGGACUUCAAAGACUCUGACAUGAAGAGACUGUCAAUGGAGAUCGAGAGAGAACGGCUGGAGUACAUGGAGAAGAGUAAGCACCUGCAGGACCAGCUGAAGGAGCUGAAAUCUGAGAUUGAGUCACUGAAGCUGGAGGAGCAGCAGCAGGCUGGAGUGUACAGCCUAAGAGGUUACGCUGAACCGCCCUACGUCUCACACAGUAAUCGUAACUCUGCAUAUAUGACUCAGAUGGCCUUCUUUGAGGAAGUCUGAGCGGAUGACUGGGGAGAUGUGACAGUAGGAGCACACAUCUAUACAGCAAGACAGUCUAAAUGGAUCAUACGUGUGUGUUCA